UGGGAAUGGCGGUUGGUCAUGUUUAUGAGUUUGUAGCGGUGUUUGCUAUCUGGGAUGGAUACCGACUUUGAAGACCAAGAAUUGCGAGAGGCGCAACGAGAGUACCUAGAUUUUUUGGACGAUGAUCAAGACCAAGGUGUUUAUCAUGAUAAAGUCAGAAACAUGAUAGCAGAGAAUCGGUAUCGUUUACUCGUAAAUAUCAACGAUCUCCGAAGAAAAAAUGAUAAGCGGGCAAACUUGUUGCUGAAUGAUGCAUUUGGUGAACAAGUAGCUUUUCAAAGAGCUUUAAAAGAUUUUGUUGCCUCGAUUGAUGGUACAUAUGCCAAGCAGUUUGAAGAGUUCCAUAUUGGGUUUGAAGGAAGUUUUGGAGGGAAGCAUGUUUCACCCCGUACACUGACUGCACGCUUCCUUGGAAACCUGGUCUGUGUGGAAGGAAUUGUAACCAAAUGCUCUCUGGUGAGACCCAAGGUUACUCGGAGCGUACACUAUUGUCCUACUACUAAAAAGACAAUUGAAAGAAAGUACACUGAUCUCACAUCUCUCGAUGCCUUUCCUUCAAGUGCAGUCUAUCCAACAAAGGAUGAAGAAAAUAACCCAUUGGAAACAGAGUUUGGACUUUGCACAUACAAAGACCAUCAAACUUUAACUAUCCAGGAGAUGCCAGAGAAGGCUCCUGCUGGGCAGCUGCCCCGUUCAGUGGAUGUAAUUGCUGAUGAUGACCUGGUCGACCAAGUCAAGCCUGGCGACAGAGUUCAGGUGAUAGGAAUCUAUCGCUGUCUGCCUGCCAAACAUGGCGGUUUUACUUCUGGCACAUUCAGGACCAUCCUCCUGUCCAGCUAUGUUAAACUUAUGAGCAAGGAAAUCACACCAACAUUUUCAGCAGGUGAUGUAAGCAAGAUCAAGAAGUUUUGUAAAGCCCAUUCCAAAGAUAUUGUUAGGUAUUUGAGCAAGUCUCUGGCACCAAGUAUCCAUGGCCACGAAUACAUUAAGAAAGCUAUUCUGUGUCUCUUGCUUGGAGGGAAUGAAAAGGUUCUGGAAAAUGGGACGCGUAUAAGAGGAGAUAUAAAUGUAUUGUUAAUAGGGGACCCCUCAGUGGCAAAGUCCCAGUUGCUGCGCUAUGUGUUGCACACGGCUCCACGAGCAAUUCCUACCACUGGCAGAGGAUCAUCAGGGGUAGGUUUGACCGCUGCUGUGACAACAGAUCAGGAAACAGGAGAACGAAGGCUUGAAGCUGGGGCAAUGGUGUUGGCUGACAGAGGUGUGGUGUGCAUAGAUGAAUUUGACAAGAUGUCUGAUAUGGACAGAACAGCUAUCCAUGAGGUAAUGGAACAGGGCCGCGUCACUAUAGCCAAAGCAGGGAUCCACGCUCAACUGAAUGCUCGCUGCAGUGUACUGGCAGCUGCGAAUCCUGUCUACGGAAGGUAUGAUCAGUAUAAAACUCCAAUGGAGAACAUUGGUUUACAGGACUCGCUGCUGUCAAGAUUUGAUUUGUUGUUCAUCGUCUUGGACCAGAUGGACCCAGACAUUGAUAGAGAUAUUUCUGACCAUGUUCUGCGCAUGCACAGAUACAGAGCACCGGGCGAACAAGAUGGGACUGCCAUGCCCAUGGGAUGUUCAGUGGAUGUGUUUGCCACUGAUGAUCCAAAUAUCACUGAGGCAGCAGAACAAGAGCUUCACAUUUAUGAAAAGCAUGACAACCUUCUUCAUGGACAAAGGAAAAAAGAGAAAAUUGUGAGCAUGGAGUUCAUACGGAAAUACAUACAUGUUGCAAAGCUGGUGAAACCUGUCCUUACUAAGGAGGCUGCUGAUUACAUAGCUGAGGAGUAUUCAAAACUGCGGAGUCACGAGCAAGUAACAUCGGAAACUGCCAGAACCACGCCUGUUACUGCUAGGGCAUUAGAGACAAUGAUCCGAUUAUCAACAGCCCAUGCAAAAGCCAGAAUGAGCAAAACUAUUGAGCUACAAGAUUCUGAGGCUGCGCUGGAAUUGGUCCAGUUUGCUUACUUUAAAAAGAUUUUAGAAAAAGAGAAAAGGAAAAAGGUUGAUAAUGAUGACGAUGUAACUCCGAGUCAGGAAAUUCCUAGCCAAGAAAGCAAAAGAAAAAGUUCUCGGCUCGUAAACAAAGAUAUGGAUGUAACAGGUGCUGGUGAUGAAGAUCCAUAUGAUUUCAGUGGUGAAGAAAUGGAGACGACCACUUCCAGUCAAAAACGUAAGCCAAAAAAAGUUCCUGUGGAUCAAGGAAGCACACAGAAGAAAAAGACUGAAGUAGGGCGGGACAGAUUGAAAGUGUUUAAGGCUGCUCUACUGAAAGCUUUCAAAGGCGCCCGUUCCCAAUCCAUUUCAAUUCCAGAACUGCUCGCUUUCAUCAAUAAGGGGGCCAUCGACUCUUUUGAAAUGGAGGAGGUGCAGCAAGCCUUAAAUCAAAUGCAAGAUGACAACCAAGUCAUGGUGUCGGAAGAUGUGGUUUUCCUGAUUUAAGAUUACAAAGACUUUGAUGUAAUUUCCGUGUGUUACAAAUGCCAAGUACUUUGCAUUGAAUGUGUGAGUUUAAAUCUUGUGUCAAUUAAAUAUAUAUUUACAUAAAAUAAAAUUAAACCUUUUUUGAGCAUAUAA